UCCAACAAAGCCUUUUGUGCAGCAGCAGCAGGAGCAUCAGCAUUUCUGUGGACCAGCUAUUCUCUUCAUUCCAGCCAGAACACUUCAGCAUCUUAUCCAGCAGAAUGACUUCUCAGACCGUCCUCCUGUGCGUCCUGGCGCUCGCGUCUUUCUUCAGCUCUGCUUUGUGCUCUCCUAUGUGCAACAACCGCUGCUGCCGUUUCGUGGAGGGCUUCCCCGUCAGGCUCAAGAAGCUCAGACAGGACUAUUCACGGAUCAGAGAUUUCUACGUGAGUAAAAGCACGUUCUCUGCAGGCAUUUUUGCAGCAUCACCAGCCUUCCCCACAGCGGGGAUGCUGCACUUUCUCACUUCUGCCUGUCAGCCUUUGUGGGUGCACGGGUGUCUCACGGCGCACUUACUAUUUUUUUCUCCUUCGCUGUUUUUGCAGGAAGCAAACGAUGACUUAGACUCAGCGCUGCUAGAUCAGUCCGUCGAAGACUCCUUUAAGAGCCCGUUUGCCUGUUACGCCAUGAACAGCUUACUGGAAUUUUACCUGGACACGGUUCUGCCGACAGCCAUGGCCGGAGUGACUGAAGACACCAAGAACUUAAAGCCUCACGUGGAGUCCAUACAAGAAAUUUUCAAUACCCUGAAGAGAGAUGUCACCCAGUGUAGGAACUACUUCUCCUGCAAAAAACAUUUCGACAUCAACAAUCUGAACUCUACUUACACUCAGAUGGAGAGCAGAGGUCUAUACAAGGCUAUGGGAGAGCUGGACAUAUUGUUUAACUACUUUGAGACAUACCUGGCUUCUAAACGACACAGACAAUAACCUCUGCUGGAAGACCUCCUGACCUAAAUCAAGAUAUGAAGCUCAUCUCUGGGAGAAACAGAACUUUUACAAGUAUUGACAGAUGUGAAUUUUUUGUAUGGGACUUACUGAACUGUUGUCUUUAUUUUUUAUGAGACGUUAUAACCAAUUUGUCCUAUGGACAAUUUUCUGUUAGGAUCCUUUUGAAUCAUUAUCAUGCUGUUUUUA